UUUCUCUGGAAGGUAGAAAAUUAAAUUCGGAGGUCUCCGGAAAACCAGGAAGAAGGCAGGGUUGUUGGUUUGCAUCAACUUCCUGGAAGCAAAAGCCACUACAGAGAACUUGCCCAGGAAGGUUGGUGGCAGGAAGGAGAGAAGAGGAUGAUCUAGAGAUGGACGCUUCCAAGUGGCAUCCAGUCGGUUCUCUUUAGACUGCCAUGAGUCAGCCACCAUCCGGGGGCGCUGCCCCUGCCGCAACCUCAGCUUCUGCCGCCGCCGCAGCCACGGAGGCUCGCAUGCACCCGGAGGGCAGCAGCAGAAAGCAGCAGCGAGCUCAAUCACCUGCUAGGCCUAGGGACAAUUCUCUCCGACAGGCCGCCGGGGCUGCGCGGUCCCCGCUUGGGGUCGGCCCUAAACUCAAUUCUGUUCGGCAGCAGCAGCUGCUGCAGCAGCAACAGCAGGGUAACAAGACAACCGGUCGAGGCGCCUCCGGGGCGGGCUCUAGAGGAUACGGAGGAGGGGCGGAGAAGGCGGCGCCCUCGCUACCAAAAGGGGCUGCUCCCGGAGCUGUCCAGCCCGCGCCUGGUGCUGAAGGGUCCCCCGCGUUGAUCCCAGCGGCUGUGAGCUGCAGGAGGUCCGGACCGCCUGUGGAGCCACCCCAGGAAAUAGAAUCGGGGCCCUCGAAAGUCGGGGAACCCCCUCCGCUCGGGGGAGGAGGAGGGGGCGGAGAAGGAGGAGGAGCCGGUGGUGGCCCGGGGGACCGGGAGGGGGGCGCUCCGCAGCCGCCGCCGCCCAGAGGUUGGCGAGGGAAAGGCGUCCGCGCUUCGCAGAGGGGUAUUAGCGGGGAGGGAGUCUCCCCUUCGCCACCCACCGCCGCUACGAGCAGAACCCCCGGCUCGGGCAGCAGAAACUCCGGGAGCGGCGGCACAGGGGGCGGCAGCGGUGGCGGAGGGAGCUACUGGAAGGAGGGAUGUCUGCAGUCUGAGCUCAUCCAGUUCCAUCUCAAGAAGGAGCGGGCUGCUGCGGCGGCGGCCGCGGCUCAGAUGCACACUAAAAACGGUGGCGGCGGUAGCCGCAAUUCCCCGGUCGCCGGAGCUCCUGCCAUCUGUGAGCCCCUGGUGGUCCCCUCCUUCUCCCCAAUGGCGGCUGCCGCCGAGGGCCCCCAGCAGAGCGCAGAGGGCAGCAGCAGCGCCGGGGCCAUGCAGGCGGCUGCCCCACCUUCGACCCAGCCGCACUCGCAGCAGCUCCAAGAGCAGGAAGAUAUGCAGGAGGAGAUGGAGAAGCUGCGGGAAGAGAACGAGACUCUCAAGAACGAGAUCGAUGAGCUGAGGACCGAGAUGGACGAGAUGAGGGAUACUUUCUUCGAGGAGGAUGCCUGUCAACUGCAGGAAAUGCGCCAUGAAUUGGAGAGAGCCAACAAAAACUGCCGGAUUCUGCAGUACCGCCUCCGCAAAGCCGAGCGCAAAAGGCUCCGCUACGCGCAGACCGGGGAAAUUGACGGCGAGCUGUUGCGCAGCCUGGAGCAGGAUCUCAAGGUUGCAAAGGAUGUAUCUGUGAGACUUCACCAUGAAUUGGAAAAUGUGGAAGAAAAAAGGACGACAACAGAAGAUGAAAAUGAGAAACUGAGGCAGCAGCUUAUAGAAGUAGAAAUUGCAAAGCAAGCCUUACAGAACGAACUGGAAAAAAUGAAGGAGAAUACUCUCCUGAGGAUCUCCCACGGCAGCCACUUCAGUCCCAUCAGAGUUCUGGUGAAAGGGUUUCUUUGCUUCCACUUGGGAUCGACACAACUGUACCUCAAACCAAACAGCUACAAAAAGCCGGGGAACCCCGAACCCCUGCGCGCUCCCCCACCCGCCACCGCAGCGCAUUCUCACCUCCAGGUCCCUGAAGGUGCUGAGAUUUCUCCUCCCGGGAGCAGGGACACCCGAAGCCGUGACCCGGCAGGAGAGCGGUCCAGCCCCUCUACAGAGCCUGGGGACGCGAGUGGACCGAGCCCUGAAGCGGACCACGCGGGAUUCAACUUCACGAAGCCGCAAGGCGGUGCUGCCCGCCGAGACCCUUGCACCUCACUGCUUCACCAGCCACCGCACAGGCGGCGGGCGUCCCCUCCGCCCCCUCUUUCCUACCUCCCCCUCGCCACCUACUUCCCUCGGAGCGGGCUCCUUGCCAUCCGCCCAACUUCAGCACCCGGCGACGGAGAGAGGGAGAGAGGCCAGGAUAGAGCCGAGAGGGAGGAGGCUGGGGUGGGCGGGGAGGGAGCGGAGCAACUCGCAGCGCAUGCGUCCCGGAGACAGGCGCAGCCCCUCGCCCCGCGCAGCCGGAGGUGA